AUGCCUCCACGACAACAGUUGGCUACUAGAAAGGAGGCUGCUCGUCGUCGCCGUUCUGCUUUCGGCCGAUUUGACCGUCAUAGGCCCCCUACUUAUGAUGGUGCUGCUGACCCUGUGGCUCUGGAGAAUUGGUUAAGGGAAAUGGAGAAGCUUUUCACGGCAACAAACUGCCCUGUUGCUGAGAUGGUACCUAUUGGGACGAACUAUCUGAAGAAAGAAGCUAAUAAUUGGUGGGGUACGGUGAAGGCUGCAUGUAUGGCUAAUGCUGGUUUUGGGUGGACUCAGUUCUCCGCCAAGCUGAAGGAGAGGUUCUACCCUGAUGAGUUGCGUUGGCAGAAGCAAGAGGAAUUUCUAUCUCUGACUCAGGGGAAUAUGGAUAUCCUAAAGUACACCGACCGCUUCACCGAGCUGUCUAAGUUUGCUGGUAUUGUCAUUCCCACCGAAGCUGAGAGGGUUAAGAGAUACAUAAAGAAGAUGGAUCCUAGGCUGCAUAUGAGAUGGCCUGUUCCGUCUGUUGCUCCUGGUCUAGCUAAGAAGCCGAGGUUUGAGCCGAGUUUUCGUGGUGGAUAUCAAGGUUCCAGUUCUAGGCCGAGUUUUGAUCCGUCCAAGUGUCGGAGGUGUGAGAAGCCUAAUCAUCCGGGGAAGGAUUGUGAUGGAUCUGCUAUUGUUUGCUUCUACUGUAGGGAAGCGGGUCACAAGAGUUAUGAGUGUACAAAGGAUCCGAGGGCUACAGCUAAGCCUCCUGCUACUUGUAGUCUUCCUGCUCCGCCGAAGAAUCGAGUUUAUAGCAUGACUCAUUCUGACGCUGAUGUUCAUCCCGACGUCAUCUCUGGUACCUUUCUUGUUAAUUCAGUCCUUGCUUUUGUUUUGUUUGAUUCUGGAGCUUCCGUGUCAUGUGUGUGUAAGUCUUUUGCCAAGAAAGCUAACUUGUCUUCGAGUUCUCCUCUUUGA